AUGCCGGAAGGAUCUGUCGACACGAACACUGUGAUCUUUUGUCUCAGGGCAAAGGUAGGAUAUUCGGGGAUUUCGAAACGAUUUGGCGAUAAUUUUCAGUUUCAUAUUCUGAUAAUCGUUGCGAUUCACAUUGUCAGCGGUCUGGCGAUUGUUGGAACCGGGCUCGGCGAGCAGUAAUUUCAAUUUUAGCAAAAGAAGUGUAAGCGAAGUGUAAGUUCAGUUUCUCGCACAAGGACAAAGUGGACAAGGUCGGAGAGACAGUCGGAGCGUCGAAGGCCGACGUGAAACACGCGCAGACAGUGACCGAUGUCGUCGGCGGAUUUGUGCUUUUCUGUCUUUUCCUUCCGGCGUUUGCAUGUGUAGGCUUCUUUUUCAUCUGCCGAUCCGACACGCUUCGUUUCAGUGCAUCAACGGCUUGAUCGCGUCGGCAAUGUUGUGCUGUAAAUCCAAGUGCUGUUUCGGAUACUAUGCAAUCAUGAACACGAUCGCGCUCGCCGCCACCGCCUACUGUGCAAUCAGCUCGUUCGUCAGCGAUGCGCCCGUUUACACGUUCACCAGCAUUUCCGUCGUCCUUUGGUUCAAAUGUGAAUCAUAUUUGGCGGCUGCACAUAUCGUAUCUUUCAGGGACCGUCCGUCUCGUCGGCGCCCUCGGCAUCCUGGCUAUUCUCAACGGAGCAUACUGCACACUCAUUCUUUGUCGUUUGAGGUGAGCAUGACGUGGCCUGGAGAAAACUAGGCCAUAUCUGGAAUACUUUAGCUACUGUGAUCGUGAGGUUGGCGGCAAAGACCGUCUGGAUUUGUACUCGAUCGAUGACGAUUGUGAUGAAGACGUGGAAAAGUGGAACCGAGGACGCAUUCAUUUUUAA